AACGAACAUGAAGAAACAUAAUCCAUCACUGGUGGUAGAAUUAUCUUUCCCAGACUUGGUCAUCAAUGUAGGAGAAGUAACUCUUGGGGAAAAGAACAGAAAGAAGCUGCAGAAAGCUCAGAGAGAUCAGGAGAAGGAGAAAGUUUCGCAGGCUGCCUGUGCUUUAUUAAACUCAGGAGGAGGAGUGAUCCGGAUGGAAAUGGCUAACGGCGAUGAGCAUCCUGUGGAGAUGGGGCUGGAUUUGGAAGAGUCUUUGAGAACACUUAUUCAGUCUUUAGAUUUUCAGGCUUUCUUUGAGUAUAAUCAACAAGGGAGGUGUUUUUACAUUUUUGUUAAAUGUUGGAACACUGACUUUUUCCCUGAAGAUCGUUUCAAGCCCCGCAUUUGCAGCCUGGAUUCUUCAUUACACCUUAGAUCUGCCACCUCUGUGCUUUCCAUGGAUUCAAGAGAGGCAUUUCGUUUCCUGGAAACCAAGAAAAGAAAUGCAAACCUUUUGGAGAAAGAACCUCCUAAUAAAAUUCCCAGGGUUGCAAAGCAAAACUUCCAUGACUCGAAUCCUGCUCACCUAAUUUUCCUAAGAGACCAGCUUAAGCAUGGAGAAAUCCUGCCUUUUCCUGAGUCUCAAUAUGUAGAGUUUAAACAGUUCUCUACGAAACGCAUCCCAGACCGUGUAAAAGACAUAAAGCUUCUGAAAUUGUCCGAAGACUUUGAAUCUCAGCUGAGUCUGUCUAGCAGGCCUCCUCUUAGCAGACCAGUGUACUCUAAGAAAGGACUAGAAUACAAGGAAGAUCUCCAGCAACGUUUAUUUUCAGUAUCAUCAGAAGACUUGCAAUUUACUCCUGAAUCUCUCUUGGAGGAGCUGUACUCAGAGUAUGAAGGCCUGGAGGAAUUAAUAAAGAAGCAAAUGCAUCCUUUCUCCCGAGGAAUUUUGAUCUUUUCUAGAAGCUGGGCUGUGGACCUGAGCUUGCAAGAGAAACAGGGAGUCAUAUGCGAUGCUCUGCUGGUAACACAGAACAGCCCCCCCAUUCUCUAUACCAUUCUUGGGGAGCAGGAUGCAGAUGGGCAGUUGUACUGCACCAGUACCGCCUUUACCUUGAAGCAGAAGCUGGUGAACAUGGGGGGCUACACUGGGAAGCUGUGUGUCAUGACCAAGGUCCUCCAUCUGAGUCCUGAGAGCAAUGCAGAGUCCUUUGAAGGUUCAGACUCUCUGAUUAAGUACCCGAAGUCCUACUACCUUGCAGACACUAAGCAAAUGGAAGCCUUGCUGCAGUCCCUUGUGAUUGUCUUGCUCAGCUUCAGGUCUUUCCUGAGUGACCAGCUUGGCUUAUCAUCAGAAGACUUGCAAUUUACUCCUGAAUCUCUCUUGGAGGAGCUGUACUCAGAGUAUGAAGGCCUGGAGGAAUUAAUAAAGAAGCAAAUUGCAUCCUUUUCCCGAGGAAUUUUGAUCUUUUCUAGAAGCUGGGCUGUGGACCUGAGCUUGCAAGAGAAACAGGGAGUCAUAUGCGAUGCUCUGCUGGUAACACAGAACAGCCCCCCCAUUCUCUAUACCAUUCUUGGGGAGCAGGAUGCAGAUGGGCAGUUGUACUGCACCAGUACCGCCUUUACCUUGAAGCAGAAGCUGGUGAACAUGGGGGGCUACACUGGGAAGCUGUGUGUCAUGACCAAGGUCCUCCAUCUGAGUCCUGAGAGCAAUGCAGAGUCCUUUGAAGGUUCAGACUCUCUGAUUAAGUACCCGAAGUCCUACUACCUUGCAGACACUAAGCAAAUGGAAGCCUUGCUGCAGUCCCUUGUGAUUGUCUUGCUCAGCUUCAGGUCUUUCCUGAGUGACCAGCUUGGCUGUGAGAUUUUAAAUCUGCUCACGGUCCAACAGUAUGAGAUUGUCUCAAAAAACCUCCGCAAGACCCCAGAAUUGUUUAUCCAUGGUUUACCUGGCUCAGGGAAGACAAUCGUGGCCAUGAAGAUCAUGGAGAAGAUCAAGAAUACGAUGGGUUGUGAGAAAAAUGAAAUUCUCUAUGUUUGUGAGAACAAGCCUCUGAGGGACUUCAUUGGUAAAAAAGAUAUCUGCAAAGCAGUGACCCGAAAAACCUUCAUGAAAACAAACUCAAACUUUGAAAAGAUUCAACACAUCAUCAUCGACGAAGCUCAGAAUUUCCGCACUGAAGAUGGGAACUGGUAUGAGAAGGCAAAAACCAUCACUCAGAGAGGAAAGGAUGGCCCUGGAAUUCUCUGGAUCUUUCUGGACUACUUUCAGACCAGUCACACGGACUGCUGUGGCCUCCCCCAGCUCCGAUACCAGUAUCCAAGAGAAGAGCUCAUCAGAGUGGUCCGCAAUGCAGACCCAAUAGCCAACUACCUACAAAAAAUAAUGCACGAAGUCAGAGAAAAUCCACCACCUAACAUCCCCUCUGAGUCCCUGAAUAUCUUCAGUGAAGCUGAAUGGUCUCAAGGUGUUCCAGGCAACUUAGAGAUGAGUGAGCACAAGGAUAUGGAGCAGAUGGUGGAUUAUAUAACAGGAAAAUGCCAUUCACUUUUGAAGGCUGGAUAUUCCUGCAAGGAUAUUGCUGUGAUUUGCAGCAUAGAAAGUGAUAAACACAAAUAUAAACCUGAGCUUCAAAGAGCAAUAAGGAAGAGAAGAAAGUCUCAGUCCAGUGAGGAAUCUGAUCAGUUAGUGGUAGGAGAUGCAUCAGCGAUCAUGGGCAAUCACAUUGUAUUGGACAGUGUCCGUCGAUUUUCAGGCCUGGAAAGAAACAUCGUGUUUGCCAUCAAUCCAACAACGGCUGAGCCAGCUGUUUUCCAUAAUCUUGUCCUCUGUCUGGCUUCCAGGGCAAGGAAACAGCUGUAUAUUUUGAUUCCCUUUGAAGGAAUGACUAACUCUGCAUCAUUUUAAUGAUGGUCUUAAUUUUUCCUAUACAUGAGCACAGUAUAUGCUUGUGGA